AAAACCCUCAUUUUUAAAUCCAUGAAGCAAACGACCCCUUAGUUAAAAUGUUUGGGCAGGCAGAAAGGCAGCUUUCAAGUCCAGAGGUUGCCAACACAACACGCAGCACAGCAACGGCGUGAAUAUAUAUGGAAGAUGAGAGAAGCACUCCAGAGGCCUAGAAAGGAAUUGAGAGGAAGAGAGAGACAGGCAGAGAGGGGAAAGAAAGUCGUAGGAUUUGGGUAGUGAUUCGGCGGAGUUAAUCGGUGGGACAAUCCAGCAGAGGCUAAGCGAUUUGAUGAAUAAAGAAAAUAAGAAAAGGAUUCUUGGUGAGGAACUGAGGAUAGAUAGACCCGGCGGUUGAGAUUUGGAUUGGGUUAGGGGACGGAAAGUAAAUUUUGGAGCAAAAGGGCUUGGGGAAGAGCAGUGGAGAACGAGGAAGCCAAAGGCAGUGGCUUUGGAGCUUCGUCCUUUAGGGACGGAGGAAGGAGGACGAUUUCUCAAGGAAGUUUGUCCACAUCAGGAUCGGAAUCCUCCAUCAGUUUACCAGGAAGUCGCCCCUUGUGAUUCGUCAGACAGUUGCUUCAUACCCUCCAGCAAUCGAUUUGUGCUUCUUAACUUGUAUGAUAUAUGGGCUGAGGUGCACAUUUCAUGGGAGGUGUAGAAGACGAUGAACCAGCAUCAAAACGUGUGAAAUUAGCCUGUGGAGAGUUGAAAGGUAAUCCAAACGGUUCUUUGCUAUCAGAGCCAAGUGUUGGGUCUUCAAGAGACUUGAUGGCCCGCCUCCUGCAAUCUGAAGAUGAUGAGGAGGUCAUUGGUUCAAAAGGAGUCAUUAAAAAAGUUGAAUUCGUCCAGAUAAUAGUGAAAGCCUUGUAUUCUCUUGGAUACAAGAAGAGCGGUGCCCAUCUAGAAGAAGAGUCAGGCAUACCCUUACAUUCCUCUGCGGUGAAUAUGUUUAUGAACCAGAUUCUUGAUGGCAAUUGGGGUGGAAGUGUUGUUACAUUGCGUAGCAUUGGGUUAAAGGAUGAAAGUACUAUUAAGUCGGCCUCUUUUCUGAUAUUGGAGCAGAAGUUUUUUGAGCUGUUGGAUGCGGAAAAAGUCAUGGAUGCUCUGAAAACUUUGAGGACUGAAAUUGCUCCUUUGUGUGCUAGUAGCAAUCAGCUUCGGGAACUUUCUUCCAACCUUGUGUCUCUCUCACAGGGUCCAUCGGCGGGGUCUUCUAAUCAGGCUAAUCUGAGGGCCAAGUCUCGGCCAAAGCUGCUGCAGGAAUUGCAAGAGCUUCUCCCCCCAACCGUUAUGGUACCAGAAAGGCGGUUAGAGCAAUUAGUUGAGCAGGCUCUUACCCUGCAGCGAGAUGCAUGUGUCUUCCACAACUCAUUGGACAGAGAAAUGUCAUUGUACACCGAUCAUAAAUGUGGAAGAGAUCAGAUUCCAUCUAAAACACUACAGAUAUUAGAAGCUCACUCUGAUGAAGUCUGGUUCUUGAAAUUUUCUCAUAAUGGGAAGUAUUUGGCUUCCUCCUCUAAUGAUCGGUCAGCAAUCAUAUGGGAGGUACAAAUUAUUUAUUUUGGUGUUGGAAAAUGUUUGGUGCAUUUUUGUGGAGCUUUGCCCGUUGAUGUUUUGGUGAUGACUUCGUUUCAUAAAGAAGUGUCCAUGUUGAUAUUGAACUUCAUGUGUCUAAUGAAGUCCAGUAGAGUCAUCGCUUCUUCAAAUGGAUAUUGAGAAGUUGUUCUGCUUUAGACAGUAAGCUUUUCUCUCGUUAUUUAUUAAUUUCCUCUAUGGAAUGAGCUGAUUAAGCAAUAAAAGAUCUCACGGGGCUACCCGUGUUGUAUUAGGAUGGAAAGUUAUCUGCUUGGACAAUGUUCACAUUGUCACAAUAUUUUGUGGUAGAUCAUGGUCAAGGAAAUUCAUCAGUCACAAGGCAAAACAUAUCUUUGGAAGCAGUUGUUUCUGAAUCUCCUUAAGCUAAAUUAGGACCAUAAUAUGUUAGUCAUUUGCUGAUGUUUAAUGUCUGUAUCUGUUUAUGAACUCUACCCACUAUGUAGCCUGCAGGAGCCAUGCACAAUAGUUUUAUGCUUUUCAAUCCAUGUUCUUGUGAUGUUUCUGUCUUCCUUGUUUAGUACUAAUGUUAUUUUGCCUUAUUUUUUACCAGGUCAGUGCAAAUGGUGAAGUUUCUUUAAAGCAUAAACUUUCUGGCCAUCAUAAACCCGUAUCCUCUGUUUCAUGGAGUUCUGAUGAUCAUAAACUCCUCACCUGUGGUGUUGAGGAGUCUGUUAGAUGCUGGGAUGUUGCAUCUGGUGAAUGCCUCCAUGUUUAUGAGAAAGCUGGGGUUGGCCUAGUUUCCUGUGGAUGGUCCCCAGAUGGGAAAUGGAUAUUUUCUGGUGUUAAUGAUAGGAGCAUUAGCGUGUGGGGAUUGGAUGGGAAGGAGAUAGAGUGUUGGAAAGGUCAACGAACUCUCAGAAUUUCAGAUUUGGAAAUCACUAGUGACGGAAAGGAGAUUAUGUCCAUAUCCAAGGAAACUGCAAUUCUCAUACUUGAUAGGGAAGCAAAGUCUGAGAGAGUGAUUGAGGAGGACCAAACCAUAACUUCAUUCUCGUUGUCAAGGGAUAAUAGGUACUUGUUGGUUAACCUUGUGGGUCAGGAAAUCCAUCUGUGGAACAUAGAUGGUGAUAUCAAUCUUGUUGCCAAGUACAAAGGUCACAAGCGUACCCGAUUUGUCAUCAAAUCCUGUUUUGGAGGAUCUGAACAAGCUUUUAUUGCCAGUGGCAGUGAAGACUCACAGGUAUAUAUAUGGCAUAGAGGAUCAGGGGAGCUGAUAGGGACAUUGCCAGGGCAUUCGGGAUCCGUAAACUGCGUCAGCUGGAAUCCUGUGAAUCCACACAUGUUGGCAUCAGCCAGUGAUGAUGGUACGAUUCGAAUAUGGGGCUUAAACAGUCAUCUGCAGCAGCAAAAGAAGCAGCAGCAGGUUCACAGCAAUGGUGGUUCUAUAGCUGCUGCCUGCAAUGGGAGAACUUGAACAAAGACAGAUGAAAAGAAGGCCAACUCUCUUAGAAUCCCUUCACUUUGCUUUCCACCUUCACCAAUGGUUUCAUGUACAAGCUGUUACCUUUCUUCCUUUGUCCCUUGUUUUUCAGUUUUACAAUCUUUGGCACUGGACAUUCAUGUCAAAACUCUGAACAUAAUCAUCCAUAUUAAUGGGAAGGGUUAAGAAAGACAGACUCGGAUUAUAAAUAUUCGGUCUCUCCCGUGCUCAGAAGUUUUCGGCUGAUGUUUGGGUUUCUGCCUUAACUCGUUCAUGAAGUGGCGUUCUAUCCUUGACAAUAAACUGUAGGCCUCGGGUGGCAGUCUAAUAUGGUAGCAGUGUACGCGUUA